CAUCAUCAUCGUCUCCGUCAACAGUUCCCCCAGGUGACACUAGUAUGUCCAUCAGUAUUUCCCCUGUGACAACGACACAGCAAUGUCCAGCGUGUGUUACCUCCCCCAGUGGCGUCUACGUAGCAGCUGGAACUGUUGGCGGUGCUGUGUUCGGCAGCGUCGUCACUGUCGUUGUCGUCGCCCUGUGGACGCACAACAAGAACAAGACCAAAGAUGCCCAAGCUACAAACGUAUACGCCUCUACAUCAGCGUACGAGGACGUCGAUCACCAAUACGCCAUGGCUCCUAGGCAGUACGUCAACACCGUGGAGGGUGCAGAGACACCACAUUACGUCAACACAGACAGGGAUACAGGAGACACAGCCUACUACAACACUACACAGUGAACACCGUGGAGGUUCAGAGACACCACACUGCGUGAAUAC